GAGAGGACUCCGAGAAAGUCCCGCUCGUUCUGUCGAUCGCUAUUACUCUGCGUAAUACACAGCGUCUCUUUUGUUCGCAGGGCCGACCCGGUGACAAAGGACAGAAGGGCGAGCUGGGCAGCCCCGGAUUCGACGUCUUGUCCGCAGUGAAGGAACUUCAGGAGAAAGGGGUUAAUAUCUCAGCGCAGAACAUCAUACCACUGAAAGGAGAGCCGGGUGAACCUGGGCCGCCGGGACCACCCGGUCCGCCAGGAUCCGAGGGUCUUCCUGGACACGAGGGCAGACAGGGGAUUCCGGGCGAGGUUGGCUCACCAGGAGAGAAGGGCCCGCCUGGGCCGAUCGGGCCCAUCGGCCCGACAGGCACGCCAGGACUUGCAGGUCCCAAGGGUGACAAAGGUGAUAAAGGCGAUCGAGGCUUCACGACGACCUUAAAGGGCGAGCAGUUUCCAAGUGGAGUAUUCGAAGGCCCACCUGGUCCACCAGGACCACCUGGGCCCAAGGGAGAGUCGGGACUGCAGGGCUUGCCGGGGCUCAACGGAACCGACGGCGAUCCUGGUAUCCAAGGACCCCCCGGAUUACCGGGAAUAUCCGGACCUAAGGGUGAAAAGGGCGACUAUGGCGACAUUGGUCCCCCCGGCCUUAUGGGACCUCCGGGUCUACCCGGUCCACCGGGCUAUCCUGGGCUGAAAGGCGAAAAGGGAGAAAAGGGCGAAUCGAAGUACAAAAAGCUCAGGCGAAGACAGGGAGACGGCACGUUCGAGAUGAACGCCGGGGAAGUGAUAAUGGGCCCGCCCGGACCCCCAGGACCCGCUGGUACCCCCGGACUACAGGGCCCACCCGGGAUCAAGGGUGACAGAGGACACGAUGGCGCCAAGGGCGAUCCUGGAGAAAAGGGUGGCAAAGGGGAUCCUGGUCCGAUGGGACUGCCCGGCCCCAUGGGACUGAGGGGAGAGUCCGGAAAGCCCGGGGAUUCCGGGAAACCUGGCGCCAUGGGAUCACCAGGAUUAGACGGCAUGAAGGGCGCGCAGGGCGAGCCAGGAACAAAGGGAGAAAGGGGAGAUCCGGGAUUGCCUGGUACCGAUGGGAUUCCCGGCGCGGAGGGACCGAAGGGAGAGAAAGGUGCCAAAGGCGAAUCUGGGCCGCCUGGUAAACGCGGCAGAAAAGGCGACAAGGGCAACAAGGGAGACCAAGGUGUUCCAGGAUUGGAUGCCCCGUGUCCGCUGGGACCGGAUGGACUCCCCUUACCGGGCUGCGGCUGGAGACCACCGCAGCAGGACAUCACGAGCACGUCCGUGCCGGCGAUCGAGGGUCCCGAGCCCGCGGAGACGGAUUACGAGGAGCCGGAGGACGAGUACGAGGACUAUACGGAUCCGAACGGGAACCUAGCCGAGCAAUAAUGCUCGUUUUUGUGCGCUGCCCUAAUAACUACCGACAACUACCACCAAUACCAACACCAUCAUCAUCACCACCACCACCACCACCACCACCACCACCAUCACCACCACCGCCACCCUCAUCACUCGUCUCACCCCGUUCUCCCAAACUAACGUGGUCCCGCCGAGGAACAACAUCCUGCGCCAAUGGCUGGAGGAGGAGGAGGAGGAGGAAGAGGAGGACGGGAAGGAGGUGAACG